CGAUGAAGCCAGAGUCAAAGGGAAGAGGUGCCGUAAGCGGCGACGGACACCCAUCUUUCGAUUUCAGCUGCGUGAAGGAGGCCGUAGAAUCCAUAGCCAAGAAGGAGGCUUCGACAAGAAUAACAUUAGUCCUUCUGGCGUCGUUGGCGGCGGCGAUACCGAUACCCACCGUGGACCGGGGGCUGAAGCCGAGGAAAAAAUCCCUCCGGCGACGGAGAUCUGCGAUCACGAAAUUACUUAAAGAAACACCGCCUGAUAUUGACGCGGAGAUUCGACGCUGCUUGGCGAAGGGCUACUUGGCUAGUGAUGAACAGUCCCAGCCCGUGACAAAACCGGAGAAGGGAUUGUGUCGUGUGUGAAGAAGGACCUUUUGGGAUUGGACAUGUUUGAAAGCUCUCUCAAGUCGUUGUUCCAUAUCCAAGCA